AGUGGAGUUAUACGUUUGGCCCUUUUCCCUAAAUUAAAAGGAAAUCUGUCUUGCCAAGUUUUCUUACUGUCUCACCUGAGAUUUUCCGCCGCCCCAAAAUAAGGAUCACCGGCACCGGCACUUUUUCACAUCUCCGAGAAAUCUGAAUACCCAUAUUUUAGGUCCAUCUGAAAGGCAACUGAUUCUGACGUCAGCGAUAAACCGCUCCCAAUCUGAUUUGCAACAUCUAUGUUGCUUGGUGCUUAUUUGCAGUAAAGAUUUUUCUUGAUAUAGGGAGUCAUGAUUACAAGCGGCAACUUAUUUCAUAAAACCCACUAUGAGAUUCUACGUGUGAAGGAAGAUGCAAAUUUGGAAGAAGUCCGUAAAGCCUACCGGUCAGCCUUACUUUGUUUUCAUCCAGACAAACAGCAAAAUGCAUCAGAAACAUCCAAUUCUGAGUGUCUGACAGAAAACAAAUUUUUGGAGAUACAGAGAGCCUGGGAAACCGUUGGCAACCCGAGGUCACGUGCACUUUAUGACGCUGAAUUGCUAACUUUGAGACAGGAUGCAACAAUUGCUGAAGAUGUCAGCUUAGAGGACCUUACAGUUCAGGAUUCUGGUGAUAUUAUAGAGCUUUCUUAUCCUUGUAGAUGUGGUGACUACUACUUUAUUGAUUCUUUCGAAUUGGUAGACACGGGUUGUUCAAUAUCAAGAGAUGGGGAUGCGGUAUCUCUGCUAACGCCUAAAUCACUGCCAGCAUCUAUUGUGCUUCCUUGUGGAUCUUGCUCACUUAAAGUUCUGCUACUGAUUAAUGGUGAUAGUAGGCUUCAAAACGAGGUUCACUUGUAAUUGUGACUGUUGGGGAACAUUAUUCUUUACAAUUUUUUUGAUUGGUAAAGGGUAUUUUGUAUUGAUAAAGCAGCAAUGUUUUUGCUAAAUUUUUGGAGUGAAAUGAUGAGAAAAGAGGAAGUAUGAAAUUUGGCGUGCUUU